ACACAAGUACUCAAAAUCAAGAUGCCUACUGUAGAACACAUUGGCACACCCAGUGAAGCCAACACUACCAUUGGUGGCGUUCCAAUCAUACAUUACUUCGACUUCCAGUCUCGCGGUCGCGGCCAAGUCGUCCGCCUCCUCUUCGAAGACGCAGGAAUUGCGUACACAGACGUCCGAUACUCCUUCGGCGAAUAUCCGGAAGUGCAGAGCACGCAUCCUAUCCUAUCCCAAAACCCAACGAAGAGCGUGCCGAUUAUCGAGUUGGACGGGAAGCUCCUGACGCAAAGUUAUGCUAUCCUGAGGCAUUUUGCGAGGGUCCUCGGGGCGUACGAUGGCAAGAAUGAGGAGGAGAAGUAUUUUGCGGAUGUCAUUUGUGAUAUCGUGGUAGACUGGCGCACCCUCUUCCUCGCCGCAUUCUUCUCCCAGAAUAAAUCCACGGACCUGCCCAAACACCAACAAACUACUCAGCUUCGCUUCCUCCAUGCAAUUGAGCAACAUCUCACUACGAACCCACUGUCCGUCCAUGGUCCAUUUGUCAUCGGCUCUAGUAUCACGUACGCAGACCUCGCCGUAUAUCAGAUAUUGCAUGACGAGGAACUUGUUCACCACGGAAAUAAGGGUCUGGAGGGAUAUCCGAGGCUGGCGAAGUUGGCGGCUGCGGUGGAAGAGAGGCCGGGUGUGAAGGCGUUCCUGGAGAGCUCGAGGUAUAGGGGAUGAUUUCGUUACAUCUCAGGUGCGAGAGUAUAUCGAUUUGGAGGCCAGAGAGAGGAGCUGAGAAUGGUGUUGAUAGCUGUGUGAUACCUUGUAAUAAAGAAGAGUGUUAUGAAUCAAUAAUGUGUGCAAGCAUCAA